AUGGCUCGCCUCCUCCUCCCCCUCCCCAUCGCCGCCUCCUCCCUCCACCUCGCCGCCUCCCGCCUCCGCCUCCCCGUCCUCUCCUCCUCCGUAGCGCGGCGUGAGGCGCUGUUCGGGGGGAGGGUGGCGGCCAGGGCGCCCGCGAGGCUGCCGAGGAAAGGGGUGAGCGCCGGGGCGGAGGCGGGCGGGUCGUCGUCGUCGGCGGCGGCGGCGGCGGCGCAGGUGAUCGGCCAGGAGGAGGCGACGGAGUGGGUCAGGAAGGACCGGAGGCGCAUGCUGCACGUCGUCUACCGCGUCGGCGACCUCGACAAGACGAUCAAGUUUUACACCGAGUGCUUGGGGAUGAAGCUGCUGCGCAAGCGGGACAUCCCGGAGGAGAGGUACACCAACGCGUUUCUUGGGUACGGGCCCGAGGACUCGCAUUUCGUUGUCGAGCUCACUUACAAUUAUGGUGUGGAAAGUUAUGACAUCGGGACUGGUUUCGGUCAUUUUGGGAUUGCUGUUGAGGACGUUGCAAAAACAGUAGAUCUCAUUAAAGCCAAGGGAGGAACAGUAACAAGAGAACCAGGGCCUGUAAAAGGUGGCAACUCAGUAAUUGCUUUUGUUGAAGAUCCUGAUGGUUAUAAAUUUGAGCUUAUAGAAAGAGGUCCUACACCUGAGCCUUUAUGCCAGGUAAUGCUUCGAGUGGGAGAUCUUGAUCGUGCUAUCAGUUUCUAUGAGAAGGGAUUUGGCAUGGAACUUCUUCGGAAGCGAGACAAUCCCCAGUAUAAGUACACCAUUGCAAUGAUGGGAUAUGGUCCUGAAGACAAAAAUGCUGUAUUGGAGUUGACCUACAACUAUGGUGUCAAGGAAUACGACAAAGGAAAUGCGUAUGCACAGAUUGCUAUCAGCACAGACGAUGUCUACAAGACUGCAGAAGUCAUUAGACAAAACGAUGGACAAAUAACUCGUGAACCUGGCCCUUUACCUGGAAUUAAUACAAAGAUAACUGCUUGCACAGAUCCUGAUGGCUGGAAAACAGUGUUCGUUGAUAAUGUAGAUUUUCUCAAGGAGUUGGAAGAAUGAGUUUUGCCAAUAAUCUCAUCUUGGUACAGAGGAUUCAGAGUAUUCCUGUUGUAGGCAUGUUUCUUGUGAUCUGUAUUGUAUGGCAUGAAAUAUGAAGCUUUGUGAUCGGUGGUAAGCAUGGAGUGGAGUCAGCGAGGAACACAAACACUGGCAACUGAAUAGAAAUGUCAGUGCUUCACCCAUGGCCACCCUGGAAGGCUGGAAGUAAGGAGAAAAGAUGCAAUUUUGUUCCAUCAACAAUCAGAACAUUAUUGUUUUCACUAUGGUUAAUCAUAUUGGUGUCGCAUGUGAUCUCUUUCUACAAUGAUAUGGUACCGCUAGCCAUGCAGCAAACAAUAAACAUAUGAAGGCAUGCUAUAUAGCAAAAGCUACUAUGUGAGCUUAGUUUCAUCCAGAUUUAUACGAAUUGUCUUGGGACAUUUUAUUUAGAUGUGAGUAUUUUUU